UCUGGAACUCUGUGGUCCAUUCAGGGUCAGAGUCACAUGGAAAUCCCAAAGUUGAACAGGGCUGGACAUCCUGGCAUGAAGGAUGAAGGGGACAUGGGAACAGAGAAAUGUCCUGUGUCCUGCUUUGACGUUGCACCAGAGGGAAGGGUGCGGCGCAGUGUCCUAAACCUCCCUGCCAUCAAUCCAGACCGGCUACGCAUGGCCAAAGUCCAGGUGGAAAAGGCUGUUAAGGUGAAGAGCUCAAGGAUAUUUUGCAGUGUUUACUUUGCACACAAACUCCCUUACUCCCUUUCCAUUUCCGUCUAUCAGAUGCAUAAGAUAUUCUCCAUCAAGGGUCCUUACCCUGUAGUACGGGCAGCUUUGAGAGCCAGAGGAUGGAUCGAACGGCGUCUACCAAGGCCUAACCAACAUCUGCUUCGUCGUCGUAGUGAGGAAGAUGAUGAAUGUAAUGAUGGGGAUGAAAGUGGCGAUGAUGACGAUGCUGAUGAGGAACUAGAGAAAGAAGACCCUGAUGAUAUCUAUGACCUAAUGUCUCGAAUGGUCAGAAAUGAGAUGACAUAUUUGUACUGGACAACACGGAGAGAUUCCAUAGACAACCGUAGCCUUCGAAAGGAGCAAAUGACCAAUCACUUUGCAAAGUCUGGAACCUUCACUACCAAGGUGGGAUUGUGUGUGAACUUGAGGAAUCUGCGUUGGUUUGAUGCAGCUGAUCCAGAAACGUUCUUCCCACGAUGCUACAGGCUUGGGGCUGAGGAUGAGAAGCAUGCCUUCAUUGAGGACUUCAGAAGAACGGCUUGUACAAGCCUUCUUCAGUGUAUAGUUGAGAGAAAUAGCAGAGAAACAGAAGCGAGUGGGGCAACAGCAUUGUCUGACAAAUUGCUUUCAAAUCAGAAGAAAGGAUGUAAACGCCAAGCUUUGUCAGUGGUACCUUCUAGAAUGAUUGACAGUGCAUUACAGGUGUGCCGGGACUAUCUGGACAGUUUUGAGCACAGUGACAUAGACAUCGCCUUGGACUCAACACCCACGCUAACUGAUCAACAGUGGUCAGAGUUCAUACACAACUAUUAUCUGGUUGUCCAUGAUGGAGCUGAGAUAGAAAACAGUGUUCAUUAUGUGGAGAGCUGCCAGACUAUACUGCAUAAAAUACGAGAGUUUAGUCCACAGCUGGACAUUGAUGGCAUCCACAACAUCUGGAUAAUCAAACCUGGUGCCAAGUCUCGUGGUAGAGGUAUCAUGUGCAUUAAGCGGCUGGAUGAGAUCCUGAAGCUAGUGGACAGUGAUCCCAUGCUGAUCAAAGACAGUAAAUGGGUGGUGCAGAAGUAUAUAGAACGGCCCUAUCUAAUUUAUGGAACUAAAUUUGACCUGCGGCAGUGGUUUCUUGUAACAGACUGGAACCCUCUCACUGUGUGGUUCUAUAAGAAAUGCUACCUGCGAUUCUCCUCUCAACCUUAUUCAGUGGACAGACUGGACAGUUCAGUGCAUUUGUGCAACAACUCCAUUCAGAAGCACUUCCGUCCUUCUCAGCAGCGCCACCCAGAGGUUCCUGAGGACAACAUGUGGUCCUGUGAGCGGUUUCGGUCUUUCCUGUCCAGCCAGGGAAAAGGGGACCAGUGGGCAUGUCUGGUAGUUCCAGAAAUGAAGAAGGCUAUAAUUCAUGCUCUGCAAACUGCGCAGGAUCUGGUGGAGUCUAGGCGGGGGAGUUUUGAGCUGUAUGGAGCUGACUUUAUGCUGGGGCAGGACCUGCGUCCCUGGCUGAUUGAGAUCAACGCCAGUCCCACCAUGGCAUCGUCCACAGCAGUAACAACCAGGCUAUGUGCAGCUGUGCAGGAGGAUACCCUGCGCGUGGUGCUGGACCGCAGGCUGGACCGUGGGGCUCACACUGGAGGCUUUCAGCUUAUAUACAAGCAGGCAGCAGUUGAAGUGCCACCGUACAUGGGGAUCAACCUCCUUAUUGAAGGCUCUCGCAUCAAAAGGCCCCGACCUCCGCCUCAGAAACCCUCCUAUCCAGUGGAGUCGCGUUUCACCCACUUCAGACCUGUUGCUCCCAGGUCCCACUGCCCAGGCAAAGAAAAUGAAACUUCAGUAGAAAAACCCAAACCUCCACCUAAACGCUGGAUGAAGACAGUAGUUCGGCAGUUGACCUUAAGUGGCAUAAAACCUGCAUCUGAGCACACCAGUAAGCUAGGAGAGUCCUGCAGGCUCCAGCGUGCCAGCCUCGGAGCAGAUGUGCCCCAGCUGUCACUUCAAGUGCCGGUCUGCUCUCUUGAAGCAUCUUCAAAAAAGCCAUUGCACUGUGGCCUUGCAACUGUGAGGCCCAGAUCUGGGCGAGCUCGUCUGUCAGUGGAGGGCCACCGUGGCCCUGUGCUUUCCCUGGGCUUCAUUAGCUUUCAAGAGCCAGAAAGGGAACCCACUCUGGUAGAACCCAGCCCCAUGUUUCCAUAUUCCGGUGUCCGCUUUCAGAGCUUUUCACGCCACCACAACCGCAGGCCUAUCCAGGCCAGCUGCACUGGAAAGUUGGCUCAUAAGACUUGAGUGUUACACUUGGAGGACACGCAGCCCACUUGUUCUUGUUUUGCACAUUGUUUUACAUUGUUCUACAACUGUACCUCAUAAUAAAGCAGUAUUCAUUUAUUCA